AUGAAAAGGCAGAACGUGCGCACUUUGUCACUUGUAGUAUGUACCUUCACUUACCUGUUGAUUGGAGCUGCUGUAUUUGACGCUUUGGAAUCUGAUACUGAGAGUAAACGAUGGGAAAUCUUAUCAACUAUGAAAAAUGGCUUGGUAUGUAAAUACAACAUAACUCCAGAGGAUUAUCACAUGAUAGAAAUAGUGAUAAUAGAGAAUAAACCCCAUAAAGCAGGUCCUCAAUGGAAGUUUGCUGGAGCCUUCUAUUUUGCUACUGUAGUACUGGCAAUGAUUGGGUAUGGGCAUUCAACACCUGUAACUGUUGGUGGGAAAGCAUUUUGUAUGGCAUAUGCAAUGGUGGGAAUCCCUUUGGGGUUGGUGAUGUUCCAGAGCAUAGGCGAGCGACUCAACAAAUUUGCUUCAGUAGUGAUCAGACGCGCCAAGUGCUAUCUUCGUUGCAAAACUACUGAGGCAACAGAAAUGAAUUUAAUGUUUGCGACAGGAAUGUUAUCAUCAAUUAUUAUUACUACAGGAGCAGCGGUGUUUUCGCGGUACGAGGGCUGGAGUUACUUUGACAGUUUUUACUACUGCUUUGUAACACUUACUACUAUUGGAUUUGGUGACUAUGUCGCUUUGCAAAAUGAUCAGGCAUUAACCAGUAAACCAGGCUACGUGGCAUUAAGUCUUGUGUUUAUUUUGUUUGGACUGGCGGUGGUAGCUGCCAGCAUCAACUUACUCGUGCUACGUUUUAUGACCAUGCAAGCUGAAGAAAAUGCUCGUGACGAAGAAAAAGAAGCUGCUAGAACUAUAUUGCCUAUUGAUGCACAUCCUAUUGCAGCGCGUCAACGCUCGCACGACGAUCAGGCAUCUGUGUGCUCGUGCAGCUGCCUCGGCAACAAGCCGUGUGACGGCGGGGCGCUGCUGGCGGGCGAGCGCGAGCGGCUGGCGAUGGCUCCCGACCUCGUCGAGCGCGCCAGCGUCUAA